UUGGCUGUUGUCCUGUGAGGGGAGCGGCGGCGGCGGCGGCGGCGGUGGCGGCGCGAGUUGAGCGAGUGAGCGGAGCGAGGAGCAGCAUGACUCGGAGGCGGAGCAGGCCGAGCGGCUGCGCGGGCCGGCGCGAGCGGGCGCGGGCCGCGGGGCCGCAGAAGCCCCAGGCGCCGGAGCCCCCGCCGCCGCCGUGCCUGGAAGCAGGAGCGGGUGCAGGAUCCCCGGAGGCGUCGGCCGAGCCCGACCGCGACGGCCCUAGAGAGGACGACGAGCUCCAACUGGCGCCCGUCCCCCAGGUUCCCCCCACCUCCAGCCAGUCUGUGCAGACUUGCUGCCUGCUGUGUCACCGGGAACGCAAAGGCUGGGAAGAAGGCCCUUCCCAAAAUGGACUGGUGUUGCAGGGUGAGAAGCUGCCCCCUGACUUCAUGCCAAAGCUCGUCAAGAAUCUCCUAGGCGAGAUGCCUCUGUGGGUCUGCCAGAGUUGCCGAAAGAGCAUGGAGGAAGAUGAGAGGCAGACAGGUCGAGAACAUGCAGUGGCGAUCUCCUUGUCACACACAUCCUGCAAAUCACAGUCUUGUGGGGGUGAUUCUCAUUCCUCUUCGUCCUCCUCUUCAUCGUCCUCAUCCUCGUCCUCCUCCUGCCACGGGAACUCAGGGGACUGGGAUCCCAGCUCGUUCCUGUCAGCACAUAAGCUCUCGGGCCUCUGGAACUCUCCACACUCCAGUGGGGCCAUGCCAGGCAGCUCGCUCGGGAGUCCUCCUACCAUCCCUGGUGAGGUUUUCCCCAUCUCGGAGCACCACCGGCACUCAGACCUCACUGCUCCACCUAACAGCCCCACCGGCCACCACCCCCAGGCAGCGUCGCUGAUCCCAUCUCACCCCGGAUCCUUUGGCUCACCACCCCAUCCUCACCUGCUGCCCACCACCCUGGCAGCACCUUUCCCUGCCCAGGUUUCAGAAUGCCCUGUUGCCGCUGCUGCUGCCCCUCACACCCCAGGGCCGUGUCAGAGCCCCCACCUUCCCUCCACCAGCAUGCCGCUUCUGAAGAUGCCUCCACCGUUCUCGGGUUGCAGCCACCCCUGUAGUGGGCACUGCAGCGGGCACUGCAGCGGACCUCUCCUCCCACCACCCAGCUCUCAGCAGCUCCCUGGCACUCACAGCAGGGACCCAGGGUGCAAGGGGCACAAGUUCCCCCAUAGUGGCCUGGCCUGCCAGCUGCCCCAGCCCUGCGAGGCAGAUGAGGGGCUGGGUGAGGAAGAGGACAGCAGCUCAGAGCGUAGCUCCUGCACCUCGUCCUCCACCCACCAGAGAGAUGGGAAGUUCUGUGACUGCUGCUACUGUGAGUUCUUCGGCCACAAUGCGCCACCCGCUGCCCCGACGAGUCGGAAUUAUACCGAGAUCCGAGAGAAGCUCCGCUCGAGGCUGACCAGGCGGAAAGAGGAGCUGCCCAUGAAGGGGGGCACCCUGGGCGGGAUCCCUGGGGAGCCCGCCGUGGACCACCGAGAUGUGGAUGAGCUGCUGGAAUUCAUCAACAGCACGGAGCCCAAAGUCCCCAACAGCGCCAGGGCCGCCAAGCGGGCCCGGCACAAGCUGAAAAAGAAGGAAAAGGAGAAGGCCCAGUUGGCAGCAGAAGCUCUAAAGCAGGCAAAUCGUGGUAUUUCUGGAAGCCGGGAGCUGAGGCCUGCCAGGGAGAGGCUGUUGGAGUGGCCUGACCGGGAGCUGGAUCGGGUCAACAGCUUUCUGAGCAGCCGUCUACAGGAGAUUAAGAACACUGUCAAGGACUCCAUCCGUGCCAGCUUCAGUGUGUGUGAGCUCAGCAUGGACAGCAAUGGCUUCUCUAAGGAGGGGGCUGCUGAGCCAGAGCCCCAGAGUCUAACCCCCUCAAACCUCAAUGGCUCCUCAGAGCAACGGCCUGACAUCAACCUUGAUCUGUCCCCUUUGACUUUGGGCUCCCCUCAGAACCAUAUAUUACAAGCUCCAGGCGAGCCAGCCCCACCAUGGGCAGAAAUGAGAAGUCCCCACCCACCAUGGACAGAGGUGAGGGGCCCCCCUCCCGGUAUCAUCCCCGAGAAUGGGCUAGUGAGGAGACUCAACACCGUGCCCAACCUGUCCCGGGUGAUCUGGGUCAAGACACCCAAGCCAGGCAACCCUAGCUCUGAGGAGCCAAGCCCACAGGAGGUCCCCGGCUGCAAGCAGGAGUUGCCUGAGCCUUUGGCCUCAGGUGGGAAGCCGCGGAAGGGCAAGAGACAGGGCAGUCAGGCCAAGAAGAGCGAGGUGAGCCCACCCCAGUCCCCAGCCUGCCUUGAGGCUCCCAGUGCCAAGGGCCAGACCCCCAGCCCCAAGCAGCCAGGCAAGGCCCUGGAGCCUCCCAGAGUGGACAGCUGUGCCGAGGCUGGAGAGGGGAGCCGGGGGGCCCAACCAGGACCAGGCUGGGCUGGCAGCCCCAAAGCUGACAAGGAGAAGGGCAGCUCCUGGCGAAACUGGCCAGGUGAGACAAAGGUACGGCCUCUGGAGCAGGAGUCUGUGCAGCCCCCAGGCCCAGCAAGGCCACAGAGCUUGCCACAGGGCAAGGGCCGCAGCCGCCGGAGCCGCAACAAGCAGGAGAAGUCAGCCUCCUCCUUGGACGAUGUGUUCCUGCCUAAGGACAUGGACGGGGCGGAGAUGGAUGAGACUGACCGGGAGGUGGAGUACUUCAAGAGGUUCUGUUUGGAUUCUGCAAAGCAAACACGUCAGAAAGUUGCCGUGAACUGGACCAACUUCAGCCUCAAGAAAACCACUCCCAGCACAGCUCAGUGAGCCCCUUCCAGAUUGAGCUUCUUCAGGGUGUCCUGAGACCCCAGUUGCCGGCUGAAGGUCUACAGUUUUUUCCUCAACAUCCCCAUCCACCUGCCCAAGACCCUCCCCACCAUCCCGGACCAACCAAAAGCUGAAUAGAUGCCGUGCAUGCUGGGGCCCCUCGGGACCUCUGCAGAGCCGCUUCCUGGUGCUACGCAGCCUCCACUCAGAGCCCGGGGACUGGGCUGGCCUGUGGGCUUGGGGGCUGAUGGUACUGUUGGCCCAACACUGCUCUCUUUGUGUUUAGUUUUUUUGGGGUUUUUUUGUUUGUUUGUUUUUUCCAAUUCUUUACUUUUGAUACUGUGAAGAUCUUUCCUGCCGAAAGAUAAAGCAACAUUUGGACACAGA